UGUCCACUUGCUCUCCAAAGUGAUUUUACCAAUUUACACUCUCACGAGUAUUGUACACAUGUUCCUGUCACUCCACUUCCUCCUUAUCCCUUGGUGUCAGACUUAUUUUUCCCACCAAUAUCAUAGUAAUGAAUGGCAUCUUAUUGCAAAUACCACAAGAAUGUAGGCUCCUUAGGAACUAUAAUUUCAUUUUUCUUCCCUGCUGUUUCCCUAGGGCUAGAAUUGUACUAGUACCAUCAUAGGGACUCAAAUUUUGUGGAUGGAAUGAGUGAAUGAAGGACUACUAGUGAGGUUGAGUGAGGCUCUUUAGGUAUGGAAAGCAAGACUGUCAUUAUACUUGUGUUUAAAAUUUCUACAUGAAAUUAGCAUUCAGUUGAGGGGAAAGUAGAAAUUACUCUGCUUUAAUGAGAGACAAAGACUAUCAAACUCAAAAUGAAGGUGACACUGACCACUCAAACACUAGAAAAGGCAUUGGAUCUGGGAAUCCAAAGACCUCAGCCCAUUCCCCUUCCAACUAGUAGGACUGCUAUCUAACAUAUACGGACAGAUUAUUUAACCUCCCUGAAUCUCAGGUGUUCUCAUCUUAAAAUAGAGAUGAUGACAAUAAUAACAUCCAUUUGGAAUUCUGAGCAGAGAACACACAGUUUACCAGCUGGACUUAAAUGCAAAAAUAGCAACCACCAUCUAACCUCAGGCACCCUACCCAACACAAAAUGCCUCAGUUGGCACAAAAACAUCCAUACAUCAGAGGUCAAGUUGGAAUCUAUGGACCAGAUAGUACCACUCUAUAUUUCAUCCUUGAUACCUUCUAGCACUGCCUCAAACUCAAAGUUUACAGUUGGCUGGCAUUUCUGGGACAUUUUCAUUCCAGUCUUUCUCUCUGCUGACCUACCUACCAACCCUCUCAACUAAGUAACCUGGAAGCCUUGUUUGGCUAAACACAAAACACCAUAUCCCUCACUCUAUUUCCUGAAUAGUGAUUGAAGCUUGUUCCCUCCCAAGGACACUCCUGUCCUGAGCUGCCGUCAUAAGGAGGUUCUUCAUUCUCCCAAUGUCCAUGCACUCCAGGGCUGAGACAUGGCCACUAGCUUGCAGCAGAUCCAAGUUUUCUGGAGAUUGAAUAUUAUAAAAUUUGGGGGACUCUAAGAAAAACAUCAGAUUAUGAAUACAAACAUCUUGUGAUGUUUCUAUCUGUCAUCGUGCUGGUCACUCUGCCACACUGAUUGAAGACAUGGAAACCUCUAAAGGACUAUAAUAGGAAGGAAAUGAAAUGAAGCAGGACCCCGUGGGGUCCUCCUGGGUACAAAAGCCCUUCUAUGUCUCCUGUUUUUUGUCUGUAGAAAAAGGCUAUAGCCUCCUAGAUCUUCCGUGAGUUCCAAAGAGCAGAUUCAAACAGUCACACUAGGGAAAUGAGGGAACGCAGAAACAAAAAAAUCAAGUGCAACAUAAUCUUUUCCAUGAUUGUCAGCUUAAACUAAUGCCUUGAUUUAUGACCCCCAACUGUCGAGAUAAUGUCCUGUGGCUUCAAAUAGCUUCCCCAAAUAGUCUUAAAAUUGAUGACACCAGGAGGAUCAAUUAAGAGCUGAAGCUCCUAGAGGGGGAGGGUAUAGCUCAGGUGGUAGAGCGUGUGCUUAGUGUGUAUGAGGUCUUGGGUUCAAUCCCCAAUACCACCUCUAAAAAUAAGUUAAACCUAAUUACCUCCCCCUCCAAAAGAGAAAAAUAAAAAACUGUAGCUCCUGAACCAUCAUGAAAGCUCUAAUAAUAAAAUACCUCAACCAUCACUUUUGCUCUCAUCUAGAAGGAAGUUAAGGGAUCAAAAGAACAUAAUUAACUAGUUUGCUUUGUAGGAACACACAGGUUGAUCAAGUCACAGGAAGCCAAAAGUCUGCAAUUGAGGUCUUAUCAGGAAGCAGAAAUCACAAAGACCCUUUACCUUUGUUGCCUUUAAAAACUUUGCGCCCAGACAAGUCUAGGUCUCCCAUCUUCCAGAUUGGUGCCUCCUUGACUAAUUAAUCUUUCUUUGCUCCAAACUCCGACAUUUUGGUUUGUUUGGCCUCAGAGAGUGUGUUAGGCACACGAACCUGGGUUUGACAACACAGGGGGUGACAUCCAAAGCUCCAGCCUCCCUGAUCUUUUCCUUCCUUAGCACCAAUGACCUUCACACCCUCAAGACUUCAGCAAACCACUAUAAAUGGCCACCCUGGGGACCUAGUUAUAUCUUACAACUGGUCCAAAUCUGAAAUCCUAAAUUUCAGAUUUCCAUUCUGACCACAAACCCCCUCCUCUAGCUCUUUCAUUCUCAUUUAUAAGAUCUCCAUUACUUUUGCAUCAUUUGAUGAGCUCCUCUCAGACAGGACUUUCUCUUCCUGAUUGUAUGCUAGGCCACUAAGUAGGGUGAGGAGAGGCACCUGAGGAGCACAAUUUUAGGAGGCACCCAACACUCACGGUCACCCAAGUGCAGGGUAUACAUUAUGUGCCAUGAUGUGCGACUUUAAUUUCUCACCAUUAUACUGAACAUUCAACUCUUAUCUUGUCUUUCCACAAGCCCUGCAAAACCAGUCCUUGAUCCAUCCAAUCAUUAUGUCUCUCCCAAGAAACUGAAAGUGCCUGAGCGACAUACCACUGCAGGUGAGGACCAACACAAAUUACUGAAUCUCACCCCAUGUCAGCCCCCAACUCUACCAGCAGCCCUUCUGCAGGUCUGUAGAUUACUUUCUCCAUUCCAUGAGUCAGUAUGGCAGGUAUUGUUAUACCAUUCCUGCCCCUCUUAACUGAAGAUAUAAUAAUAACAAGGUCAUCAGAUGCUAAUAUACUUAAAAUUCUGUCUUCAGGACUUCAUCUCCCUCCUUCAUCUCCUGUCUCUCCAUCUCCCGGAUAAAGAUGCCGCAAUCCCUUUCUUUCAAAAACAAAAAGAAAAAUCCACAAUCCUCCUUACAACUCCACGACUCCCGUUCACGAGAUACUGUCCUACGUUUUCCCUUCCUCUCCGGUAUAGAGUACCCUGUACGUGCCAGCUUCCCGUUCUAACUGCCCGUCUAUCACCCACAGACGACUUCCAGCGCCUUUCCGUCCCACCACUUGCCCCCACCAAUGGGUCCUAACUGCCAGAGCCCCCUCCCCCGAGAUGUUGCUCUCCUUAGCUUUCAGGCUUGUUCACCCUGCUGUGUGACUGACUCUUCCUUCUCUCAGGUCUGUCCUCCGUCCAAGUUGGUCUCCUUCCUCUCUGCUUCCCCUCGGCAGGCUCCUUCCUUAAGUGUCAGAGGCUUUAGGCCCCAGGAAGGAAGGAGACAGGAGCUCAGAGAAGUGGCCAUGACCUGACCUAACUCAACACACUCAGAGGAGGAGACAGUCCGGGAGAACUAAGGGGAUAGGAAGGGCUUCAUUUUCUAGAAAAGCUAAGGCCAAUGUGCCUACGCGCACAAAGGAUGUGCAGAAGGGAGGACUAGGGGUUCACCUGGGUGCAGUGUGUAGAGGACUGCUCUCCUCCACUAAGUCUCAGCACCGGCUUCUUCAGGGCUUUUAGAGGCAUCCGCCGGCCCAGAGAGCUCACACAGGGCGCAUGCGUGCAGGAACGGCUGAGGGGCGGGGCCUGCAGAAGCUGCACGUGCCCGCCCUGCAGCGCCUGAAAAGGCAGGAGCGCAGGAGCGACGAUCAGGCAUAAGGUCUCGGAUCACAAGAGAUCAGACCAGCGCGGGUCGUACGCCACCAUAUAAGGCUCCCAAUCGCAGACGUCGAGCUAGAGCAGGUUGGUGUCCCGAAUGGGAGCGCGGGUUGCAGGGGUCGCGAACAGACUGGCCUGCUGGGAAGGGGGCUUUGGGAGACAUGGAGCCCAGAGCCUGGACUGCGGGACUAAGGAGGGUUUCGGGCCAAUGAGAGGGCAGCGCAGCCUGGGUCUAAGCCUUUUCUUUCAGCGUAACCGCUGCUGGAGUUCCCUGGCUUUUGGCACCCAGCACUGGGUCUCCCCGCACCUCCAAGGACUCAUCUCCCCAAGGUGCUGCUGCCUGGGGAGCCGAGACUUCCUCAGCACAACGAAGGCCUUGGCCCCUGGGCGUCGCUCCCCUGGUCCUAACAAAGGGCAGCGCCCCGAGUCCCCAUCCCAGCCUGGAAAAUGAACUCUUCAGGAAACAACGAACAUUUUGAGGGCAGUAACUCCAGACCUUUCUUUUAUGUACACCCCAUGGCCCAGCAGCCUCACCUGGGUUCUUGGUACCAGAAUCCCACCUGCAAUGCAUUCUCCGCUUCCGGAACAGGUUUCAGAAAUGGAAGUCUGUAUUUUCUAUAUCCUGUGGUGCUCAAUGAGUAUCCUGGCUUCCUCGUCCCUCAAUCCCCAUUGCCUACCACUCUUAACCGAAGACCUAUAGUCCCUAUAUUUUAUAACACAGCACAAUUCCGACAAUAUAGUGGCUAUGGGAAAAAAAUGAAAACGAAACACACACAAACUGAACCUCAACAGGCUGAAAACACAAAUAAAAAACAAGACAUGCACUCAGAAGGCGUCAGCUAUGACAUAGGAAGGGUGACCAGUAUCCCUGUUACUAAUAUUGACAUUGAAAUGGACAACAUUCCUCAAGAAACAGAUGGGGCUUUGACAUCUGUUGCCCAGAAGAGGGAGCUACACGGCAAAAGCCCUUCUAGUAACACUCUGUAUAGAAAUGCAACUCAAGGAAGCUGUGCAUCCGAGAAAGAGCAAAGGAGGCUAGAACAGGGCAAAGGAUCCCCUAUAAUAAAAUUCUGGAAAUCGUUGAAAGAAACUGUGGGUUUGUAUGACAUGGUUUAUGGUAAAGCCAUGACAGAGAACGUGAAACAACACAAUGAGAUUUCACAGAGUUCCUGUGAAAGUAGAGGUGUGCUCUAUAACCUUCAGGAGGGUGAAGACCACAUUGUAUAUAAAGAUGAACACAGAGCUGUCCAGUUGGAGGAGCGUCUUGAUGUUGUAAGAAGUGAGGAGAUGUUACAGUCAGGAUCUAUCAUGGAGAUGAACUUGGCUGAAGAAAAUAAGGGGUAUGCAGUUGUUUCCCAGAACUCACCACCUCCAAAUGCAGUAAAAGACAGGGCUGAGAUCCAGAAUACCCUGAACUCAAAGCUGUACCAGUCCACUGGAGAUGUCAACAAGCUUCAGCAGGAAGGGCCAGUCUGUGCCAGUUUGGAAGCAGGUAAUGACCCAAGCCUACAUUCAGGAUCUCAGAAACUCCUUACUGUAUGGGGAAGUGUGCCAGAGAACAGUAGUGGGAUCUGUGGGUCCCCUGAGAAUGUGGGUGAAGAGGAAGAGGUAGACAGCAGUAGCUGUGAGGGGUGCGUUCCCUCCCCUGCUUGGUUGGCCCAGUUCAACAAAGUAGAUGAGGGCAUCCAGUGCGGUAUGACUUGUUGGUAUGAGGUACAGUCUGAGAAAUCCCAGGAGCCUUCCCCAGAAAGCAGCAGAAAGGGAACAGGGCAGAUGGGGAGUGGGAACCAGGAUGAAGAUGAAGAUGAUGGGGUGGAGAGGAAUAGCUGUGAGGGGCACAGUCCCUCCCUUACACGGUUGUCCCAGUCGAACAAAGUAGAUGAGGGCAGCCAGUGUGAUAUGAGUUGGUAUGAAGCACAGCUCGAGAAAUCCCCCCAGCAAAUGCCCUCCAGAGGUGAUGAGACAUCCCCAGGCUGCAAAACCAAGGGAUCAUGGGAAAAAACAGUCACGAAUAGAAAAUUAAGUGCAGAUAAGGGUGAAAAGAUUAUGAAUGAUGAGAUGGGGGAGGUGUAUAAUGAGAACUUCAAAAGGUGUGCAAAGACUAAAAAGACUGUGAGAGGCAGGAAGCUCAAAGACCUGAGCAGCUUCUCAAAUGUUAAGACAGCCUAUUUGUUGAAGAAAAGUGCUGCCUUGAACAUUGUGCUUCCUGAGGAUUCAGAAGACUCUGAGUUGGAAGAGGAAGUUGAAGAGGAAAUGGAGGAGGUAGAAUGCCUCCUUGAAGUGAGUCCACAGGGCCCUCUGACAUCUUUCAAAGGGAGGUUUUAUCAGGACCCUGGCAGGAUAAUCUGGAUGCCACCUGAGAGCUCUGUCUGUCCCCAACUUAUUGUCUGGCCCACCGGAAAUAAGUACAAGUUAAAGCAUGGUGAACAUGAGCGCAUCCCUGUGGUUUACAAGGUGAAAGGACAGGAUGGCUGUGACAGCAUUGGUGGCAGGCUCCGAGGCAAACACACCAUGGCCAAGCAGGAGGGACUGGAGUCCAAGAGACCCUCUCACAAAUCAUUGGAAUGUAACUGUGAGAAAUCAAAAACCAAGGUACCUUACAAAGCAACAGAGGUUCGAGGCAGAUGCUAUAAAGUUUAGGAAAUACCGAGCAGAUCUAGAGGAAACAAAUUGCUAAAUUCCAGCUACAAGGAAGAGCUAAAUAUUGCAUCAUCACAUGCUUGCUCUCGAUUGAAUUACUAAAAUGUUAUACUAAAAAAACAAGAUAACGUGACAUUGUAAAGCCUUUGGAAUUGUAAGUUGUAAAACAGCAAAUAAAUGGAAUUGCAAAAG